CUACAUGGGAGUCAAUGUGAGGUGGAUUUUUAACAUGUUUGAGCUUCUCUGAGUAGGAAUGGCAGCUCUGGGGUUUUUGUACGAGGUUAUUUCACUGUGUUGGGGUUCCACAGUGAAUAAACUUCCACACAGAGCUGAACAAAAACCUCCAGUCCCCCCUAAACUGUCUGUUUACAGUCAGAAAACAUCCAGAAUCAACAAAUAAACAACCAAACACACUUGUGUUUCAGCUACAUGGGAGUCAAUGUGAGGUGGAUUUUUAACAUGUUUGAGCUUCUCUGAGUAGGAAUGGCAGCUCUGGGGUUUUUGUACGAGGUUAUUUCACUGUGUUGGGGUUCCACAGUGAAUAAACUUCCACACAGAGCUGAACAAAAACCUCCAGUCCCCCCUAAACUGUCUGUUUACAGUCAGAAAACAUCCAGAAUCAACAAAUAAACAACCAAACACACUUGUGUUUCAGCUACAUGGGAGUCAAUGUGAGGUGGAUUUUUAACAUGUUUGAGCUUCUCUGAGGAGGAAUGGCAGCUCUGGGGUUUUUGUAUGAGGCUAUAACACUGUGAUGCUUUAAUAUUUGGCAAACCAAUUCGUCUCACCAUCCAACCUAAAGAAACGGCCGACUCGAAACCGAAGCUGUUUAUCCUGAGUCCUCUGCAUCCUGAGGGGACGCCACUGAGCGAAAUGGCCGACGAAGUUUGUUUGGCUACUAAUAUCAAAAAUAAGGAUGAUCAAAUGGAUCUGAAUGUGAAGGACGGUAAGGUCUCUAUGAACACCACCAGUGCCACUGUGUCCCCGAAAGACGAUGCCUACGUCUACGCUGGAUUCACCAAUCAGACCAUCUACUCCUGUGAACUGAACGGCACGUCGUCCAACAACGACAACGUUGGCCUCUGUGCAGACCUUCAUCCAGAGAAAGCCAAGCCGAACUUCUACCUGCUGAUAAUGAACGGAUUGAGAGUGUUGUUCACCAAAAGUCUGGCCUUCAGCACCAUCCUCACCAUCAGAGCUGCACUGACCUAACACUGAGGUCAAAGCAACUUGUUUUAUUUCUUUACAUUUUACAGUGGCCUGUAAGGACAAAAGACACGUAAGGACAUUAAGAAAAAUUCUCCCCAGUAAAAGUUUUUCAUGUAUUUAUUGCAAUUUCUUCUUGCAAUUUGGGAUUUUUUUUUUACUCUCAUUGUUUGAGAAGCACAAACACAGAGUGAAAACUAAACGUUUUAGCGUUUUGUUCUUUGUUUUAGCAUUUUUUUGAUUUAGAGCACACUUUCUGUUUUUGCUGUUUGUGCUUUUUUGAAUUUGGAGCACAUUUCUGUUAAUGGUUGUUGUCUCUCUUGUGGUAUUUGGGUUUGAUAGGAAGUGUGCUUUGGGUGCAUUUCCUCAGUGUUUUUCUCAUGUAUGUGUUUUCUCCUCAGAGGCCACUGUAGAAACUUCCUUCCUCCCUUUAAAUAAAACUUGUAAGGUGUAACUUUUACUUCUGACCAGUGUGUAAAAAGCUUUCACUGUGAUUUAUUAUUGGUAUCCUUUUUAAAUGUUUUCAAGUGUAUUAAAUAUUUUCUAUCAUCUCAUGUGAUUUCUGUAACAGUGUUUGUGUUUAUUUAGUGUUUAUCUAAAUUGUGUUGCUGAAUUGAUUGAUUUUUUUUUGU